ACCAGUUAUCCGUUUGUCCGGCAAAAAGUAUUUGCUAGCGGUGUCUGGAAAACUGAGCGCAAGGAUCUAUGGGAAUAGAGAUUGAUUAACUGACGAUUCCUAACCUAACCUAAAAAUGGGCAUCGCACGGCAUGCUCAGUUUAUUAGCCGUACGAUCUUCGUACAAAACAACGACGUGGACAAGGCAUGCCGCAUUCUAAAUCGUAUACUAUCCAAGGAAGACAUCUUCGGCCAAUACAGACGUACGAGGUAUUAUGAGAAACCGACUCAAGUCAGACGCAGGAUUAACUUCGAGAACUGCAAGGCGAUCUACUCCGAGGAUAUGGACAGGAAGAUCCAGUUCCUUUUACGAAAGAAUAGAGUGGACCCUUUUCCUGGUGCAACGUAAAGUUCUGUCAUAGAUCCUAUUUUAAACUGUACAUUUAGCAAUUUGCAAACAGCUGGCUCCGAUGGUUUAUUUAUUAAAGCAUCAGAAAUAUAGGACACGUUCUAUCACAUGA